CAGUGUUUGUUUUUUUCUUCAACAUGCUUUGACUGGCAUCUCUACGAAGUACUUAUAAUAGAAGUUCCUACAUAGUUUUUUCAAAUUCUUGAUGAGUAACACAAUUUUUCCGGAGGCUAGAUUGAGAGCCAAAUUAAAGAGUCAAUUUGGCCACGAUGAUUACAAAAGUGAUUUGCAGAGAAAGGCGGCGGAAGCCGUUUACAACGGUGACAAGGAUGUGUACGUUUGUAUGCCUACGGGGUCUGGGAAAUCUUUGUGCUUUCAAUUGCCAGCAGUUGCAAAAGAAAACUCGUUUGCAAUUGUUAUUUCACCUCUCAUAGCACUUGUCAAGAAUCAAAUCGAUUAUUUGAGUAGUAAAAAUAUUUUGGCACUGACAUUAAACAGCAAGACUACAAAAAACAUGAGACUAGCCAUAAAAACAGAUAUGUUGUCGAGUAAGCCAAAGAUGAAGUUGCUCUAUGUGACUCCGGAGCAAUGUGACACAUCAAAUUUUCAGUUUAUGUUAAGCCAAGUUAAACCAAGUGCACUGUCUUACUUUGUCAUUGAUGAGGCACAUUGCCUUAGCCAAUGGGGUCAUGAUUUUAGACCCUCUUACAGAAAGCUUGUCACUUUGAGGGAGAAGAAGCCUGAUGUGCCAAUCGUGGCAUUAACUGCUACCGCCUCUAAGGAGGUAAAAGAAGAUAUUUUUAAAACGUUAAGAAUGAAUAGUCCACUGAUAUUUUCUACUCCAGUUUUUCGUUCCAAUCUAUUUUACGACGUCUGGUUCAUCGAUGCUAUACAAGCUGAUCCAGUAGAGCAUUUGAAAAGAUUCAUAAAAGAAUCCCUAGGACCAGACAAUGACUCUCUUCCCAAGGAGAAAAAAAAUUGUGGUAUAAUAUACUGCAGGAAAAAAGAGACGACUGAAUCAUUGGCAAGAAAAUUGAGUAGCAUGGGUAUUCAAACGUUAGCAUAUCACGCUGGUUUGAAAAGCAAAGAAAGAAUAGAUGUUCAAGAUUCUUGGACUUCUGGGGUGGUUCCAGUCAUUGCUGCGACUUGCAGUUUUGGUAUGGGAGUGGACAAAGCAUCUGUCAGGUUUGUUAUACAUUGGACUAUUCCACAAGCAAUAGCAAGUUACUACCAAGAGUCGGGUAGAGCUGGCCGAGAUGGGAAACAAUCAUAUUGUAGAGUGUACUUUAGCCGUGAAGAACACAAUGCCUUAAAUUUCCUCUGUCAAAAUGCUGUGGAAGAGACGACUGAUGCCCAACAUGAGAGCAGAAAAAAUUUUCAAGAAAAUAAAAUCAAAGCAUUCAAGCAAAUUGUAGAUAGUUUCACCUCGUUAAAGUGCAGACAUUCUGUAUUUUCUAAAUAUUUUGGAGAUCCAGAACCACAAUGUGUAAACAGAUGUGAUGUUUGCAAGAACAAAGAUAGUGUUAGGGAACGACUUUCGCUGUUUGAAUCUUCCAACCGUCCUAAACCAAAGCAUUCGGAGCAUUUUGAAAGUUUUGGCCUGGAAAAAUAUGAAGACGGAGGAGGGUAUGGGAAAGGCGGCUAUGACAGCGAUUCUGGAGACUCUAGUGAACAUAGAAAGCAAUUGGAAAAGCAAGCGAAACUCGAAGAAAGAAAGCUAAUCAAUGAACAGUUUGAAUUGAGAAGAGGCAAAAAAUCCAAAGAACUUGAGAUAAGAAAAAUUAAUCAAGAGAGUGCCAAAAUGUCAUCUGUCAUUGCAGCCGCAAGCACUGACAUAAAAGUUAAGGGAUUGACUGUUGAUUUGCGGGAACAUUUUUACUGUAGAAUUAACGAUGUUUUAAUGAAAAAUUACGAAACUUGUAAAAACGAGAGUGAAGAGCAGUUAUCCGCAAGUAAAAUCAACGACAUUGCUCGAAACGUGGAGUACAACAUAAUUUGUAGUACCAAAGUAAUUUCACGGUACAAGUUUUUGGCAGCACAAAAGGUUUCUCAGAUACAAAAUAGCACCAAAAGCUUCGAAUUGUGUAAGGAUUUAAAAAGUGAGAAAAAAAAUUUCUCCGAAGAAGCGGAAAGCCUAGAAAAACUGGGUAUCGAUUUCUCAGGCUUGGAAGAUCCGGAGUCCUUAUCAUCUUCUUGUGAUGAAUUCCAGACUGCCCUUGAAAUGAAAAGGAUAAGAAAUUCGAGAGUACCGUCAGAAAACAUUGGACUUUUUAUCAAUAAAACAGCUACUACAAACCCACCUGCCAGUAUACCCACGACAGUUCCUUGUAAUGGAUUCAAAACAGCUUUGGAAUUCUCUAAAAUGAAUGAAAACAAGACCCAAGACAAAUUGGAACGGGGGACAACGCCAGAACAAUGCAAAGAUUCUGCAAAGUUGGGUAAUCAACACCAGGGAGAAGAAGAUUACUAUCACAUAAUGAACGAGCAGUUAAAAUCUCCAAAUCCACUGAAUGGCUUGAAAAUAAACGAUUUUCAAAUGUUUAGUAAAGUUGAAAAUUUGAGCAAUAAAACCAGUACUGAAGCUGCAAAGACCAACUCAACAUCUAGUGUUUCUAGUUCGUUUUCUCUCAACGGAUUCAAAACAGCUGGCGAAGUAGCAAAACUCAAUGCAAAUAAAACGCGUGAAAAUUUAAGAAAGAAAACUAACAGUCGUGCUAUAACUGAUUUCUUUGCGACAGGUUCCAAACAAGCAAAAUCGAUGGACCGAAUUGACAGUACUAAUCAGAAAAAAGAGCCUUGCAGGGAAAAAGAAAUACCUUUUCUCAGUUCGAUCGACAAAAGAUUAAAGGAAGAAUAUGAUUUUGAUUGUUUUGAGAAGCCCAAAGAAUACAAAAAAGUCGCUCACGCCGUACCCAAAACAAAUUCUUUUAAACCAAAAGUUCCUAUUAGGUGUAAACUAAAAAAUGAAGCAUCGCAUUUUUUCGGCAACGAUUCAUCCUCAGAAAAUAGUGGCGACGAGGGACUGAUGAAGUCAGCUAUCAGAAAUAGUAUGAGGAGGGACGGAUCAAGCGAGCCUGUGAUAAGUAAACUAGGUGGAGAUAGUCCAGUGCAGAGUAGAAUUUCCUCGAGUUCUCACAAGCGUCCGCAUUCGGAUGAGCUCGAGAAUCAAAGUGAUCCGUCUCAAGAUGUCAAACGUCUAAGGACGCAAAACGACGCUUCGACAGUCAAAACGCCAGAGUCCGUUAAAAUUCACCGAAAAACUUUUUACAUCUUGAAACCAAUUGUACAGGAGUACUAUGUCAGUCCGUAUAUUCCGGAUGCCACAAAAUUCAAAAGCAUUUUCAAAAAAAUUCAUCUGGAUGUGCUGGACAAAAAGAUUCAUGACAAAGAUGGCAUCAAAGCCUUAGCUGUGAAAAUGAUAAAAUCAAAAGUAUACCUUAAUGAUGACUAAAUUAUGCUGUUUAGCCGUGAAUCCCCGUUGUUACUCUUUUCACUACAAUUUUAUUUUACUUCAUACUCAAUACUCUCACGAGUAAGUCAUUGUACAUAAAUGCUCAUUUUCUAAUUGUUAGUUCAGUCAUUAUUUUCAUCGACAUUCUUAGGAUAUGAGAAUUCUGAAAAUAGAUUGUAUAGUACAAAGCUCCUUACCAUGAUAUUAUACCCAUCGAAAACCGCGUACCAAAAUAUAUUUUUAUAAUUGCCUAAAUGUAAUCGAAAUAAUCAUGAUCUUUUCUAAGAAUUUACAUUAGUGUUUGUGAUUGUAUUUUGUAAAUACUGCUGGCCAGAUAAUUAUUAUUAAUAUUAUUAUUAUUAUUAUUAUUAUUAU